GCUGAAGCAGACUCAAUACACCUUUUUAAAUAGAGACAAUGCCUCUGUGUGAGCCUCAGCCCCACCUAGUGAUGUUAUGGGACAGGCCAGAUGACUACAGAGCGGGAAGACUCAGUUUGGAGGAACUGACGUUACCCUGACUUCUGUCUGACGGCGACCUGUUGGACCGUACGGAAGAGAUAUGACUGAGAACGGUACUAUGACAAGCAAUGGCACCGCUAAGAAGGGAGAAGAACUCAAAAUUGUUAUUGUGGGUGAUGGGGGUUGUGGGAAAACAUCCCUUCUAAUGGUCUAUGCCAAAGGAGACUUUCCAGAGAAGUAUGCUCCGUCUGUGUUUGAGAAAUAUGUCACCACAGUCAAGUAUGGAGGGAAAGAGAUUCGACUCAACCUCUAUGACACAGCUGGCCAAGAUGACUACGAUCGUUUGAGGCCACUCUCCUAUCAGAAUGCCAACCUGGUGUUAGUCUGUUAUGACGUAACCAACCCCACCAGUUUUGAAAAUGUCUUAAUCAAAUGGUACCCGGAAGUGAACCACUUCUGUCGCGAUGUUCCUGUCAUUCUGAUUGGCUGUAAGACUGACCUGAGAAAGGAUAAGGAACGUACCAGGAGGCUCAAAGCCAUGGACCAGGCUCCCAUUACUUACACACAGGGUGAGGAGACCAGGCGGCACAUGAGUGCUGAGCUUUAUCUGGAGUGUUCAGCCAAAUAUCGUGAAAACGUGGAGGACAUUUUCAGAGAGGCCACUAAAAAAGCCCUGGCAUCCAGCCGCAGAGCAAAACACCGUACGAGGAAGAGGCAUUGUGUCGUCCUGUGACCUCUUAGUGAAAGGACAGAGGCUUGAAGUCAAUUGACACAACAGGACACCCGGUCCACUGCUCUUACAUGUCAAAUCUACACCAUAUGCUGCUUGUCUAUUAUAAACAACUGCUUGCCACAUCCUGGGUCAUCCUAAUUCAAUUUCAUCAAGAGCCUGUCUGGAGACACCAUCCCCAGCCAACUCAUGCCCUUGGGAUCUGGACAAUAAUAUUCAACACUGAACUAAUGUCUGCUAGGGUCAAGAUGGUAAUCCUGCUAGUUCUGUGGGUGCAAGGUCUAUCCUGGGAUUCCAGAGUGGUUUUGUCUCCACGUUAGGCCAAAGUAUAAGUGGGAAUAUGAUAGAAGUAGAUCGAGAUUGUGUAUCAUAGAAUUUUGUCAAAUAUCCUUUUUAUCAGUUACUGAAUUGCUAUUUUUACUUUUAUAAAUCAUUUGUUGUACCCAUU